AUUUGUAAAUAAAACAAUUUUCGUUUGGUUAAAUGAAAAAUCACAAAAAGAAAUAAAACAAUGGUUAAAAGGUUUAGGUGUUGAUGAACGAACCGAUUUAACAUAUUUACGUAAAACAAUUAUUCCCAAUGUGGCUUCUUAUAUUACACGUGAAAAUGCCAUAAAAACAAUAAGAAUGUUAUUUAUCUUAUUUCAAAAAAAUGCUAUUACUAAAAAAGAACUUGAUCAAUUAAAAAAAUUAAAAUUAUUAACAAUACGUGGAACUUUAGUAUUAGCUGAACAAUGCUUUUUUUGUGAUCAAUACAAACCACGAUUACAAUUUGAAGAAUAUUUAAAAACAAAAGAAGAUAGAUUUGUAUCGUUCGAUUAUGUUACAAGUCAUAAUAGUGGAAAAGAAAAUGAAGAUCUAAUCGAAUGGCGACGAUUUUUUAUUGGAUUAGGCGUUCAAGAAGACUUACAUGCAGUCGUAUUUAAUCAAAAAUUAACAUCUUAUGAAGCAGCUGGAUAUGGAUUUUGUGACGAGUAUCUAUCAACAACUUCACCUGAUAGAAAGCAUAAAAUCGAUGCCUAUUCUGGACUAACAACAAUCACAUUUAUGCAACAUGCAGAAAAUAAUUAUGACUUUGCAAAAUUCUUCUGGUCAGACGUGAUGAAAAACAUCCAACCAGAGACAUUAACAAAAAAGAUAAAAGUUUAUUGGGGUCAUUCCGAUAAACGAGGUGCAACCGAAGGAACAUUAUUAGAGGAUGCUGAUUAUAUUCAUUGGUUUGUAGAAAAUAUAAAAUGUAUACCAACUACUGUAAAUACAUGUGAAUUAUCAAAUAACAUUUUUAUUGAUAAUAAGGAAUUGAAAGAAUUAUGUGGCAAAUACAUGCAUUUUUCUUCAAUUUUAUUACCACAAGAAAAGACAAGUUGGCAUGAAAUUUUUAAUUUUAAAACGAAACUUUCAAUUAAUGAUUAUUUUGAUUUACUUCAAAAGAUUCGUGAUGAUGAAAAAAAUUUGAAAGAUAACUAUGAUCGAAUACAAAUGAUAUACUUUCAUAUAUUAAAAGAAAUAUAUUACUGA